AUGCCUAUAUAUGGUUGUCUCGGCAGGGAUUAUUUCUCUCUCGGGGACUUCGAAAGGGCAAUAGAGUACCACAAGGAAGACAUGACCAAGGAAGUCGGCGACAGGGCAGGACAAGGACGAGCCUGUGGGAAUCUCGGCCAUGCUUAUUCUGCCCUCGACGAUUUCCAACAAGCAAAAGAUUACUACGAGCAUUGUCUGAGCAUUGCCAAGGAAGUUGGCGACAGGGUCGGCGAAGGACAUGCCUAUUAUUGUCUUGGUACUUCUCUUUUGGCUGAGGGUUGUUUGAAUGAAGCUUUAUUUCAUUUUAAAUCCAGCGUAGAAACCAUUGGUACUAUCAGCGCGAGCUGCAUUUCGGAAGACGUAUGGAAAAUAAGUUUUCGUAAGCUCUUUAAAGAAGCAUGCAAUUGUUUAUGGCAACUUCUUAUAAGGCUUAAGUUGACAGAUGAAGCUUUAUACACUGUCGAAAGGAGAAGAGCACAGGCUUUGCUUGAUGCCUUGAAAAUAAAUUAUGGCUCAAAACCACUUUCGUUCAGGUCAAAUGAAUCUGAAGAAGCAAUCGUUUCAUUCUAUGGAAGAUAUCUGUUUUGACAGCUUUUAUGACUCUGGAAAAUAAAACGAUAAAUAUGUGGGUACUGGGCUAGGAAAAAGACACCAUUUUUAGGGUAGUGGAGCUGAAAAAUGGAGGUGAACACGAAGAUUGCUUUGCUUCGCUUUUAGAAACUACUUUGAAAAACAUGAGGGCUGGCGUCGAUGUUAGGUGCGAGAACAAAUUGUAAACGCAACUGCCAGUGCAAGAAACGAUGAAGAAGGACUAGUGCCAUUGCAUAAGACUAUCAACUGUUUUCAGUCACUGUAUGAUGGAGUCAUUCGUCCCAUUGCAGACUUUCUUGAUGGAGCUGAACUCAUUGUAGUCCCUGAUGGCGCUUUGUCCUUAGCUCCUUGGGCAGCGCUGAGUGAAUCUUUAAGGAUCCGCACAGUUCCCUCUCUUACAUGUUUUAAACUUAUUAUAGAUUCUCCAGAUGAUUACCACUGUAAAAGUGGCGCCUUACUUGUUGGAGAUCCAUGCCUGAAGAAAGUUACAGAUAAAUGGAAUAAUCCCAUUUAUAAUGAGCUACCAUUCGCAAAGAAGGAAGUGGAGAUGAUUGGAGAAAUUCUAAACGCCCAGCCACUUACCGGAGAAGUUGAAACUAAAAAACAGGUGCUCUGAAGGAUAAGGUCAGUCGCUUUGGUUCACAUUGCAGCACAUGGAAGCAAAGAGACUGGUGAAAUUGCUUUGGCUCCAGAAACCGAUUGGCAACCCAAGAAUCCUAUGAGGAAGGACCAUAUAUUGAAAAUGUCUGAUGUACAGGCUAUCAAUCUGAGAGCGAGGCUAGUUGUGCUUAGCUGCUGUACUGUCACAGGGGUGAAGACGUGGUCUCUUCUGAGGGUGUGGUGGGUAUGGCACGAGCUUUCUUGUUUGCUGGUGCUCGCUCCGUGCUGGCUACUCUCUGGGCAAUUGAUGACGAAGCCACCCAGGUGUUCAUGAAACGUUUCUAUCAACAUCUAAGAAAUCGUGAAAGUGCUAGUACUGCUCUGCAGAAGGCCAUGAAAAGUCUUCGAGACUCCGACAAGUUUUCCGCCCCGAAGUGCUGGGCUCCAUUUGUGCUGAUUGGCGAUGACGUUACGAUUGACUUUGCUUAA